AUGUUUCAUUACGGAAAAUUACAACGACUUAGUCAUUUCAUGCAAUAUAAAUCAUCUUUAAUAACAAUCAAUAGUAACAUCAAUCAAGUUUUCAAUUUAUCUAAGAAUUUUUCAACUACCGGAGCUCAAAAAAUGAGGUUUGUACAAUUUACGAAUAAAAAAGGCGGGCCACAACAUCUUGGCGUACAGCUGAAAGCCGGAGGAGACAUCAUAGCUAUUUCGUCAAUAGAUUCCAGAAUACCUAAUACUUUAAAAAAGUUUUUAGAAGGUGGAGAAACUAUUAGCAACAAAGCGAAGCGAAUAAUUGUUGAAAGCCGUAGUGUUAUUCCGGAAGCUGAAGUGAAUUUAUUAGCGCCUAUAAAUCGAAUGGACAAAUUAGCUUGUGUUGGUCUUAAUUACAGUGGACAUUGUUCAGAACAAGGUCUUGAACCACCAACGAGCCCAGUGAUAUUCAAUAAAUUUCCUAGCAAUAUUAUAGGACCAACAGAUGAUAUUUUAUUACCUUCAAACUCCGAUAAAGUUGACUGGGAAGCUGAGUUAGCGAUAGUUAUUGGUAAAAGUGGUAAAGCGCUGAGCAAAGAAGAUGCCGAAAAUUGUAUUUUUGGAUACACAGUAGCUCAAGAUCUUAGUGCUCGUGAUUGGCAGAAAGGUAAACGAAACGGUGGACAAUUUCUUCUUGGCAAAGCUAUGGACACUUUUUGUCCUCUUGGACCUGCUGUAGUUACUAAAGAAUCGAUAGGUGACAUUAACAAUUUAUCGGUUCAAACUUGGGUUAAUGGAAAGCUUAAACAAGACGGGAACACAAGCGAACUUAUUUUUAAGCCUCGUGAUAUUGUAGCAUUUAUCUCUCAGUUCAUGACUCUACUGCCUGGAGAUGUUAUCUUAACAGGCACUCCUGCAGGAGUAGGAUUUACACGUAACCCACCGGAGUUUCUCAAGAAAGGAGAUAUCUUGGAAACUGAAAUUCAUUCUCUCGGCCGUUUGAAAAAUAAUGUUAAGUAG